AUGUCGAUGAAAGCCUGUCAGCCUGGAUUUUAUAAGAUGUCAGCUCGACAAAUGCAUUGUUUGCCCUGUCCGGAGCACAGCUCAUCAGAAGAAGAGGGAGCCUCCUUGUGUACAUGUGAAAAAGAUUAUUAUAGGACCUUGUUGGACCUGUCAUCGUCACCUUGCACUCGACCACCUUCAGCUCCAAGAGGCCUUAUAUACAGUAUCAAACAGGGAACAUUGGUUGCUGAAUGGAACAUGCCUGCCGACUCUGGUGGAAGAACUGAUCUCACUUACAACAUCCUCUGUAGCAGAUGUUUUGAUACGCCAAGAAACUGUGAGCCAUGUGGUAGCAAUAUUGGAUUUGUUCCACAACAAAUGGGAUUGGUUGAUCGAACUAUUACUGUGGUGAAUUUAUUAUCAAAUUCUAAUUAUACUAUCAGGGUGGAAGCAAUGAAUGGAGUCUCAUCUCUAAGUGCUUUUCCAGGACAGUAUGCUGAGAUCAAUAUCUCCACAAGUCAGGAAGCACCGUCUCUUGUCACUGAUAUCAGUGCAGACAAAAUCGAACAGAAGAGCAUUUCUUUAUCAUGGCAAGAGCCAGCGUACCCUAGCAACAAUAACACAGAGUAUGAAAUCAAAUAUUAUGAAAAGGGUCAGAAAGACCAAGGUUAUUCGACAGUUAAGACAACGUCAGCAGCUGCAACAAUUGGAAACCUCAAGCCUGGAACGGUUUAUGUAUUUCAGAUACGCACAUCCUUGUCUUCUGACUAUGGCAACUACAGUCCAAGCAUAGAAGUAGAAACAUUAGGGGGCAUAGCUUUGGUCUCCAGUGAACAAAAUCCUGUGAUAAUCAUCGUUGUCGUCUCUGUUGCCGGAUUGAUAGUGUUGGUUUCUAUGGUGGUCGGGUUAAUGAUCUGGAGAAGGCAGUGUGGCUACAGCAAAGCCAGCCAGGAUGGAGAUGAAGAACUCUAUUUCCACUUUAAAGUACCAACUAGAAGAACUUAUAUUGACCCUGAAACAUGCGAGGACAUCAUGCAAGCUGUCCAUUUGUUUGCCAAAGAACUUGAUAAUUCGAGUAUUAAAAUUGAAAGAAUUAUUGGAGCAGGGGAGUUUGGGGAAGUCUGUCGAGGUUGCUUGAAGCUGCCCAGCAAGAGAGAACUUCCUGUUGCAAUCAAAACUUUAAGAGCUGGAUGUUCAGACAAACAGAAGCGAAUCUUUUUGUCAGAAGGAAGUAUCCUUGGACAGUUUGAUCACCCCAAUAUUGUUCGCUUAGAAGGAGUAAUAACACGAGGAAAUACAAUGAUGAUCGUAAUAGAACACAUGGCAAAUGGGGCCUUAGACUCUUUCUUGAGAAAACAUGAAGGACAAUUCACAGUAAUACAGUUAAUUGGAAUGCUGAGUGGAAUUGCCUCAGGAAUGAAAUACCUGACAGAAAUGGGUUAUAUACAUAAAAAGCUUGCUGCCCAUAAGGUGUUAGUGAACAGUAACUUAUCUUGUAAGAUAUCAGGAUUCAGGCAACUUCAGGAAGACAAAAUGGAGGUGAUCUUCACUACCAUGAGUGGGAAGAGUUCAGUACUGUGGACAGCUCCCGAAGCCAUCCAGUAUGGUAGAUACAGCUCAGCCAGUGAUGUGUGGAGCUUUGGCAUUGUCAUGUGGGAAGUCAUGUCCUAUGGUGAAAGACCCUACUGGGAUAUGUCUAAUCAGGAUGUUAUUAAAGCCACCGAAGAUGGAUUUCGGCUCCCUGCUCCCAUAAAUUGUCCAUCUCCACUUCAUCAACUUAUGCUGGAUUGCUGGCAGAAAGAUCGGAAUGACAGACCAAAGUUUACACAAGUCCACACCAUUUUAAACAAAAUGGCCAGAAAUCCUGACAGCUUGAAAAUGGCUUCAGCCACAUGCACAAGACGCCUUAGCAUGUCCAUCCCUCUUAUAGAGAGGACACUCACUGCAUUUCCAAGCUUUAACUCUGUGGGAGAUUGGCUGGAGGCCAUUGAGAUGGGAAGGUACAAGGACAACUUCACAGCCGCAGGAUACUGUUAUCUGGAAUCAGUAGCCAGGAUGACUGCCCAGGAUGUAAUGAGUCUAGGCAUUACAACAGUAGAACAUCAGAAGACAAUCGUGAGUGCCAUUCAGACUUUACGAGCACAAGUUAUACAGAUGCACGGCCGUGGUGUACAGGUGUGAUUUUAGAAAGAAAGUGGUAAAAAAGUACAUUUGUUAUGGAAGAAUGCUGGCUUGACCAUUAGCUGCUGAACUGGUCCAAAACCCAGAGGAAGAAGCUAAGUGAAUGGACAAACAGGCCAACUGAGACAUCAUUCCAAAACCAUGUUGAAGCUAACGUGGUUCAACUUCUUCCCUGUGCAGUUAGGGAGUAGAAGUUCAGAAUUUUCAUAGCUAUCUUUUUUACCACACUGCAAUUUUACUAAAAUGUUUUGUAUAAA